UGAGCUUAACAUCAACGCAACUUCUAGAAAAAAGCCAUUAUCAACCAUUUUCACUGAACCAUAGAUCUUGAAUUCAGAGCUACUUUGAAGAAGAAACUGAAGCUGAAACUUGGGUUGAAUCAAAGAUGUCUUGGCAAACAUAUGUUGAUGAGCACUUGCUUUGUGAGAUUGAAGGUAAUCAUCUCACUUCUGCUGCUAUUGUUGGCCAGGACGGAACUGUUUGGGCUCAAUCUGCCAAUUUCCCUCAGUUCAAGCCCGAAGAAAUAACAGGCAUCAUGAAUGACUUUGCGGAACCUGGAACACUUGCUCCAACUGGUUUGUAUCUUGGGGGAACAAAAUACAUGGUGAUUCAAGGAGAGCCAGGAGCUGUGAUCCGAGGGAAGAAGGGUCCAGGUGGUAUCACCAUUAAGAAGACCAACCAGGCUUUGAUCAUUGGAAUAUAUGAUGAGCCGAUGACUCCUGGACAGUGCAAUAUGAUUGUUGAAAGGUUGGGUGACUAUCUUGUUGAACAAGGUCUCUAGGCAUAUUGUGUAUUAGUGUCAUCCUUACAUAGUUGUGGCCGUUAACAAGUGAUCAUCAUGUGUGCUGUUUACUGAGGAGAAGUGUUUGUAAUCAUCAACUGCUCUAUCAUUGUAUUUCUUUGUUCUAUGUUUUUAGUGAUCUAAGAUUUUGCCAUUGAGCACUUGGUUGGUUAUAUAUAAUGGAUUUGGAUUUUUGA